AUGGCGCUCCUCACCGAUCUCCUCAACCUCGACCUCACCGACUCCACGGAGAAGAUCAUCGCCGAGUACAUAUGGAUCGGCGGAUCUGGCAUGGAUCUCAGGAGCAAGGCCAGGACCCUCCCCGGCCCGGUCACGGAUCCCAGCAAGCUGCCCAAGUGGAACUACGACGGCUCCAGCACCGGCCAGGCCCCCGGCGAGGACAGCGAGGUCAUCCUGUACCCACAGGCCAUCUUCAAGGACCCGUUCAGGAAGGGCAACAACAUCCUUGUCAUGUGCGAUUGCUACACCCCAGCUGGAGUGCCAAUCCCCACCAACAAGAGAUACAACGCUGCCAAGAUCUUUAGCAACCCUGAUGUUGCCAAGGAGGAGCCAUGGUAUGGUAUUGAGCAGGAGUACACCCUCCUACAGAAGGACAUCAACUGGCCUCUCGGCUGGCCUGUUGGUGGAUUCCCUGGUCCUCAGGGUCCUUACUACUGUAGUAUUGGUGCUGACAAGUCGUUUGGGCGUGACAUAGUUGACGCUCACUACAAGGCCUGCCUCUUUGCCGGUGUCAACAUCAGUGGCAUCAAUGGCGAGGUCAUGCCCGGACAGUGGGAGUUCCAAGUCGGCCCGACUGUUGGCAUUUCUGCUGGCGACCAAGUGUGGGUCGCUCGCUACCUUCUUGAGAGGAUCACUGAGAUCGCCGGAGUUGUCGUCACAUUUGACCCCAAGCCCAUCCCAGGCGACUGGAACGGUGCUGGUGCUCACACAAACUACAGUACCGAGUCGAUGAGGAAGGACGGCGGGUUCAAGGUCAUCGUGGAUGCCGUGGAGAAGCUCAAGCUCAAGCACAAGGAGCACAUCGCCGCCUACGGCGAGGGCAACGAGCGCCGCCUCACCGGCAAGCACGAGACCGCCGACAUCAACACCUUCAGCUGGGGCGUCGCAAACCGUGGCGCGUCGGUGCGCGUGGGCCGGGAGACGGAGCAGAACGGCAAGGGCUACUUCGAGGACCGCCGGCCGGCGUCCAACAUGGACCCAUACGUGGUCACCUCGAUGAUCGCCGAGACCACCAUCCUGUGGAAGCCCUGA